AUGCGCCGGCUCCCAAUUUCCUGGGCUCCGGGCCUCUCUCCCCGGGCCAUUCGACCGGUUCUCGGAGAUGUCUUUCCACGAGCGAAUUUCACAGCAGCUCGGUCUAGCGCAAGCCAUUUUUCAUCAGGAGCGUUGCGCGACGGGCCUACGCCUCUCUGCCGUCAACCCGUCGUAGCCGGACUUCCCACGAAUGGCUUUCAACAUACCCCUACACCUUCUCCCAUAGCCUCACAAGUCCGGUAUUUCCGUUCCACUACGCGAGCUCUCCAGGCAAGGCCACCAACAACCCCAUCAACAAACACUAAAGCUGCCGGCCGGCCGUUUCCGGAGAAGGAAGAUGAAGAUGUGGACAAGGGGUUUGAGCUUUCCGAGCGAGCAGCACAGGCAGCCCAGGUCAAUCUGAGUGCCAGAUUGGCCAAGGAUGGCGCAUCGGGCAAGAAAUCUGGGUUUGCGGAAAUCUGGCGCCUCCUCAAGAUCGCGCGCCCCGAAGCCAAGACGCUCGGAUUCGCAUUCUUCUUCCUGCUGAUCUCCUCGUCUAUCACCAUGUCAAUCCCGUUCUCCAUCGGCAAGAUCAUGGAUACCGCCACGAAAAGCGUAACCGAGGGGGGCAACGAGCUCUUUGGGCUGAGCCUUCCGAUGUUCUACAGCGCCCUGGCUGGAGUGUUGCUCGUGGGCGCUGCUGCCAACUACGGCCGCAUUAUCAUUCUUCGGAUCGUGGGCGAACGCAUCGUGGCUAGACUGCGCUCCAAGCUGUUCCGCCAGACAUUUGUGCAAGAUGCCGAGUUCUUCGAUGCGAAUCGAGUUGGUGACCUGAUUUCCCGCCUUAGUUCCGAUACCAUCAUCGUGGGCAAGAGUAUCACGCAAAAUCUGUCCGAUGGUCUACGGGCGGCUGUCAGCGGUGCUGCCGGAUUUGGUCUGAUGGCUUAUACCAGCCUCCAACUGUCCAGUAUCCUUGCUUUACUGCUCCCGCCAAUAGGCCUCGGUGCGCUUUUCUAUGGAAGGGCUAUCAGGAACCUCAGCCGGCAGAUUCAAAAGAAUCUAGGAACCCUAACCAAAAUCGCGGAGGAACGCCUAGGCAACGUGAAGACCAGUCAGUCUUUCGCAGGCGAAAUACUUGAAGUCAAUCGGUACAAUAAGCAAGUGCGCAAAAUCUUUGAUCUGGGGAAGAGGGAAUCUUUGAUCAGUGCGACCUUUUUCAGCUCGACGGGACUGAUGGGCAACAUGACUAUCUUGGCUCUGCUCUAUGCCGGAGGUUCCAUGGUGCAGUCUGGGGCUAUCACUAUCGGAGAAUUGACAUCAUUCUUGAUGUACACCGCUUAUGCCGGCUCCAGCAUGUUCGGCCUUUCCAGUUUUUACUCUGAGCUUAUGAAAGGCGUGGGCGCAGCAAGCCGGCUUUUUGAGUUGCAAGACCGCCAGCCCACAAUUCACCCAACUAAGGGCCUCAAAGUCGAGUCCGCGCGCGGUCCCAUUCGAUUUGAAAACGUCACCUUCAGCUAUCCGACUCGUCCUGCUGUCAAGAUCUUCAAAGACUUGGAUUUCGAGAUCCCACAAGGCUCCAACGUUGCAAUUGUUGGGCCUUCUGGCGGAGGCAAAUCUACUAUUGCAUCUAUCCUUCUCCGCUUCUACAGACCGACUGAAGGGAAAGUACUCAUUGAUGGGAAAGAUAUCAGCGGAAUGAACGCCAAGUCUCUGCGAAGAAAGAUUGGCGUGGUUGCACAGGAGCCGGUCCUUUUCUCUGGAACAAUUGCGGACAACAUCUCCUACGGCCGACCUGAUGCCACACGCUCGGAGAUCAUUGCUGCGGCACGCCAGGCCAAUUGUCAAUUCAUCAGUGACUUCCCCGAUGGCCUUGACACCCACGUGGGAGCUCGCGGCGCUCAGUUGUCUGGCGGCCAGAAGCAGCGAAUUGCCAUUGCGCGCGCUCUGAUCAAGGAGCCUGAUAUUCUGAUUCUGGACGAAGCGACCUCCGCUCUGGAUGCAGAAUCCGAGACCUUAGUGAACAGUGCAUUGGCUGCCCUUCUUCGGGGCAACAACACCACCAUCAGCAUUGCUCACCGGCUCUCCACGAUCAAACGCUCUGACACCAUCAUUGUGCUCGGGCCCGACGGGAAAGUGGCCGAACAAGGGUCAUAUGAUGAGCUUAGCGCCCGCCCAGAUGGCGCAUUUACAAAACUCAUGGAAUGGCAGAUGAGCGGCGGCGAGCCCGUGCACCCCCCGGUCGCUCCCUCUGCACGGGCAGCGAAGACGGCGGAGGAGCUCUGGCAGCUCCAGAAGGAGGCGGAGGCGGAGGCGGAGUUGGAGGAAUAUGAGGAGGAACAACCAACACCGAAAAAUACCACCCACUGA